AUGUCUUCACUUGCGACUUUAAUCAAAGACGACUCAUUAUCGUCAACUCUGCGGAUUGGAUUCGUCAGUCUAGCUGCCUGUUCCAUUGUCGGCUUAGCUGCUUAUGUCGGUUACAGAGCAGCGGGGCCUCAAAACAAGACAUACGCGCUACAAAAUCGACAUCCAGAAUCGAACGAACAGAUCGAAAAAGUACUUGAAUCGCUGCGGCUUGACGAUGAGAAGCUGCGUCAAAUAAUGCAAUAUCUCGAGAAAGAAAUGGAAGAUGGUCUUUCACCAGCUACACAUAAAAAUGCAGAUGUUAAAAUGUUUCCUACUUAUGUUCGCACGAUAGCCGACGGUUCAGAAACUGGCCAAGUGCUUGCAUUAGAUUUGGGCGGAACUAACUUUCGUGUUUUACUCGUCACAUUAUUGCCACAAUCAAGAGUUGAAUUAACUUCGAAGAUAUUCGUCAUACCACAGUCAAUUAUGUUGGGCGAAGGAGCUAAUCUGUUUCGACAUCUCGCCGAAUGUCUUUUAGAAUUUAUGAGAAAAGAAAAUUUGUCCUUAACUGGCCCUCGAUAUCCAUUGGGCUUUACAUUUUCAUUUCCUUGUAAACAAGAAGGUCUUGCAUCGGCACGAUUAUCAACAUGGACCAAAGGCUUCACAUGUUCCGGUGUUGUUAACGAAGACGUUGUUAAACUACUUCAAAAUGCUAUCGAUGAAAAAAAAAUCAAUGUUCAAUGUGUAGCACUUGUCAAUGACACUGUGGGCACAUUAAUGGCAUGUGCAUACAAAGAUCCAAACACAGCCAUCGGUCUCAUCUUAGGUACAGGUACAAAUGCAUGUUAUGUGGAAAAAUUAGAUAAAGUUGGCACUUGGGAUGGCGAUUACAACGAACCUAAACAAGUUAUUAUUAAUAUGGAAUGGGGAGCGUUUGGUAAUAAUGGUCGUCUGAACUAUAUACGAACGAAAUACGAUGAAGAAGUUGACUUAUCAUCAGUCAAUCCAGGCAAACAAGUUUUUGAGAAAAUGAUUAGUGGCAUGUACAUGGGUGAAAUAGUUCGUUUAAUCAUUCUUGACUUAAUGCAACAAGAUUUACUGUUUAUUGGUCAACGUGAUGGCUACGGAGAUUAUAGCACACCAUUGUUUACUCGCGGUGGUUUUUAUACAAAAUUUGUCAGUACAGUUGAGACUGAUGAAGGAAUUGCUUUUGCAAACACACGACGAGUCUUGGAAGACAUGGGCAUUCGAAAUCCAACAUUCGAUGAUUGUGCUAUCGUCCAACAUAUUUGCAAAAAUGUCUCGAAACGAGCAGCAAGAUUAGCUGGUGCAGCUCUCGCUGUUUUGAUCAAUCGUAUAAAUAAGCCCAAUGUUACUGUUGGUGUUGACGGUUCCUUGUAUCGUUACCAUCCUAGAUUCAAGAGAAACAUGGAGAAAUGUAUGAAAACAAUGGUCAGCAAGAACAUCAAGUUCAAAUUAACCUUAUCCGAUGAUGGUAGCGGCAAAGGAGCUGCAUUGAUUGCAAUCGUUGCUGAUCGUUAUCAAAGAAGUCAGUUGAGGUCCGUAUCAAGUUUUGAUGAAAGCGAAGACGAACAGAUUCGUAUUCAAUUUCAACAACAACCGCCGAAUCCAGUUCCACCUAUCCUAGUUUUACAUAUAAUUUCUCCUCAAUCUCUCACAUAUACCGCAUCGAAACCGAAGCUUGAAUGGUCUGUCAUUCCUGAAUUCCAACAAUACCCAAGAUUCCAGCACGUCGUUGACGUGAUUCGCCAAUCCAAGAUCGAACUAGGCUAUUCAUGGAAAAAUCUUAGUUUCGCCUAG